UCUUUUUCGACGAUCGGUCGGAGGGGCUUUCUUCCCAUCCGGCGACCUCCGUCGCAACAGAGCCAAGAGGAAGAUGAAGAAUUCAGCAAUGGCGUCCCCAUCUCCGCCUGAGCUCCGUCCUCCGCGCAGAUCGAAACACCCUUCAAGAACUGACCCUCUUGGAGCUUUCGGGUUCAACAACCCCAAAGCGGCAUUCGCUCUUGCUCUGCUGGCAGCGGACGCCGUCCUCGUCUCCCUCAUCAUUGCCUACGUCCCCUAUACAAAAAUCGACUGGGACGCCUACAUGUCGCAGAUUACUGGAUUUCUUGGAGGGGAAAGGGACUACGGGAACUUGAAAGGCGACACGGGUCCUCUAGUCUAUCCGGCCGGUUUUCUGUAUGUUUAUUCCUUCCUUCAAUAUGUUACCGGAGGGGAUGUCUAUCCAGCUCAGAUUUUGUUUGGCAUUUUGUACAUCAUAAAUCUGGGGAUCAUACUAUUCAUCUAUGUCAAGACUGACGCGCUUCCUUGGUGGGCACUUAGUCUGCUCUGUCUGUCAAAGAGAGUGCACUCAAUAUUUGUGCUCCGCCUUUUUAAUGACUGUUUUGCUAUGACACUUCUUCAUGCUGCAAUAGCUGCAUUGCUUUGCCAAAAGUGGCAUCUUGGGUUGGUUAUCUUCAGCGGCGCUGUUUCUAUAAAGAUGAAUGUUCUACUCUUUGCUCCGCCUUUGUUACUUCUUAUGUUAAAGGCUAUGGAUAUAUUUGGGGUAGUAUCGGCUUUAGCUUGUGCAGCACUAGUACAGAUUUUGCUGGGACUUCCUUUCCUAUUAUCCUAUCCCAUAGCAUAUAUAUCAAGGGCCUUCAAUCUUGGGCGAAUCUUCAUCCACUUUUGGUCUGUUAACUUCAAAUUUGUUCCUGAGCCAGUUUUUGUGUCAAAAGGAUUUGCACUUUCUUUGCUGCUCGCUCAUCUGGUGUUACUUACUGCCUUUGCUCAUUAUCGAUGGUGCAAGCAUGAAGGAGGACUUCUGAAUUUCGUGCUCUCGAUAUUUGAAUCUCUAAAACUCAGAUUUGCACUUACAAGCUCACACUCUUUUCCCAAAUCUCAUGGUGGCAGCUCCAAGAUACUCAAGAAAGAAUAUAUCGUGUCAACUAUGUUUGCUGGAAACUUUAUUGGUAUUCUAUGUGCUCGGUCACUGCAUUACCAGUUUUACUCAUGGUACUUUUAUAGUCUUCCUUAUUUGCUAUGGAGAGCACCUUUUCCGACAUUAUUACGUAUAAUAUUGUUCUUCGGGGUGGAGCUGUGCUGGAACAUCUACCCAUCAAACUUCUACUCGUCCCUCGUGCUUCUUGGUCUCCACUUGCUUUUGUUGUGGGGCAUUUGGCAUGCCCCACCAGAAUAUCCUUAUGCGGACGACAAAUCAUCAAUGCAAGACAAAGAUGAAUGAACUGGUUUGAUUUUGCUACUCUUUGAUCUUCAUCAUGUGUCGUAGUUUUCCUUUAUUCCAUGUAGUCCAUAACAUAUGUAUGGCAGAUCAGGACCAGAGAAAAGAAUGCGGAAUCUGAGUUCGCUGCUUGUUUUUUAGGUCCUCUUUCUUUCUUUUAAUAGAAUUAACAAAUCAGACUUGAUUUCCUAUUCAAUCUGAGCGGUUCCUCUUAUGUUGUGUUCUAGGCUUUAGUUCAGGGGAAUACCUUUUGUGCUUGGUGUUUCAGUUGUAGGUUUUCUCAUCGAGUUAGGAGAAACCAGAAAAAGAUUAUGUAAAAAAUGUAGGUACUGAGUGAGGUGUAUUAUCCGCUAGUUCUGCGUAUUUUCGGUUUGAUUAGAGGCAAUCUCUAGGAAUUUUUGUUUUCACAGAAUUAAGAUUCGAACUUGAGAUCUCUCUCCUGUUUGAGA